AUCAUUAUUCAAUAUAAGACUUUAACUGGUGUAAAACGGGUUUGUAUAAGAACCGUGCCCAAGUAAAUACGAUCGCGAUUAUUAAAAAUUAAAAUUAUAUAAUUGAAAAAAAAAAUUUAUAAUAAUUGAAAAAUUAAAUAAAAAUAAUUAAUUUAAAAAAAAAAAAUUACUUAAAAUAAGAAAAUUUAAUUUUUAUUUCAUUAAUUCUAAAUUAAAAAACAGUGAAAUUUUAGUGAUCGCACGAAAAAAAUUAUCACGUAAAAAUAAAAAAAAAAGUUAUCUUAAAAAAAAUAUAAAAUUAAUUAAUUAUAACAGUUAUUCUAAUUAAUAAUACAAAUUAAUUUGAAAAUAUUAAUAUUAAAUAUUACAAAUAAAAAAAAAAAACAAAUAUAUAAAAUGAAAUCUAUAAUAUUAUGUGUAGUAGUAUUAUUUGGAUUAUGCAAUGCUCAACAGGGUACUGUUGAUCCUGCAUAUUUACGACAAUAUUAUCAACAAAUAGCACAACAAUCUGGUGCGGCUGGUGGUAGUCACGGUGAUGCCACACCUAUUUUUGAACAAAAUUCAGAACAAAGUCAACAAUAUAUACAACCAGGACCACAACAUAGACUUAAGGAUAAUGUACAAGAUCAGAUUAGAGCACAACAAAGUCCACAACAUACUCAAGCGUAUGUUGCACCAACAGUUAGAGAAUAUCUUCAUCAACAGCAACCACAACAGUUCCAAUAUGUUCAACCACAACAUCAUGCACCACAAGCUGUUAAUUAUAAAGCAGCACCUCAGGCACCAAAACAACAAUUAAUUCAUAGAUCAUCUGGUAAACAAGGUGGUAAAUUGUCACAAGAAGAACCAGAAGAAUAUGAUACAAAUCCAUCAUAUCAAUUUGGUUUUGAUGUAAAAGAUGAUGAAUUUACAAAUUAUCAAAAUCGUAAAGAAGUUCGUGAUGGUAAUGUUAUAACUGGUAGCUAUUCAGUUGUUGAUUCAGAUGGUUUUAUUCGUACCGUUAAAUAUACAGCUGAUCCAAAAGAAGGUUUUAAAGCUGAAGUUAUACGUGAACCAACUGAUAUUGUUAUUAAAAUACCAACACCACCACCACAACAACUUUUAAGGCAGCCAGUACAAGCAGGUCCAUCACAACAUCAACAUUCUCAACCACAAUAUCAACAAUAUAAACAACAACAACAACAACAACAGCCACAAUAUCAACAAUAUCAUCAGUAAAUCAGUAAAAAUAAAUUAUAUAAGCAAAAAAAAAAAUUAUUAAUAAUAAUAAAAAAAUAAAAAUUAUAUAAUUGGAAAAAUAUUUUUCUUAUUUAUACAAAAACAAAAUAAAUCAAGUUAGUUUUCCUUAUUGUAUUUAAAAUUUAUAUUAAAAUUAAAAUAAAAAUCUUAUAAAGAAAUAAAAAUUUAAAAUUUAAAAUUUUCAUAUUAGCAUAUUUAUAUUUAUAAAUUUCAAAAUUUAAUCAACUAUUAUUAUUUUUAUACACCAUACAUUCAUAUAUAAAAUGUAGUAUAUUAUAAGUCAUAAAUUUCAUUUUGACUAUACUAUUUUCAAAUAAAUAAAAGAAAUAAAAUUUUAAAAAUUUAUUUUAUAAAAAAUUUCAUUGAAUAAAUUUAAUUAAUAACA